CCUCUCUCCCACGUACCGCCCUCGUCCGCCUUUGGUUCUGCGAAAGGAAUUAACGUAUGCUGCUUGGAAUAUCGGUCUGCCUUUUGGGAUUAUUGAACCUGAACAACGAGACUUCUUGAAGAGGAAAAUAUUGCGUUAUGGUUCCUACCACAGUCUGAGGCAACUUCUCAUGUUCUCCAUUGGUAACAUAGUUCCUAUGCAUCCUUAUCCUCGCGUUGAAAUUACGAAAUUGAGAACUCAGUUGAUGUCUUCCUGAGUCGAUGAAAAAAGGUGGGCAUUUGAUGGGAAGGACACAUAGGCCGUAUUCACUAAUCAUCCUAACUGCAGUGCCAGUGCGUCAUCGAAGACACAUUUCUGGUGGUUAUGUCAGCGAGCACACGCAGGAAUUAAGUGUGAAAAAUAACAGUCCAGAAGCAGAUAAAAAGGCUAAAUCUACGUGUUGAGGGCGAAGAGGAAGGUGUUCUGUUAUGCAAUUGGCAUUACUUUACAUCAGUCAGAGAUGAAGGAAAAGUCCAAGAAUGCAGCGAAGACGAGACGAGAAAAAGAAAAUGGAGAAUUUUAUGAACUGGCGAAAUUACUGCCUUUACCUUCGGCCAUCACAUCACAACUGGAUAAAGCUUCAAUCAUUCGGCUGACAACCAGUUACCUGAAGAUGAGAGCCGUGUUUCCAGAUGGGCUGGGGGAGGCCUGGGGCCAGCCGACCAGAAUCAGCCCUCUGGACAACAUGGCUAAGGAACUGGGCUCCCAUCUACUGCAGACUCUGGACGGCUUUGUAUUCGUUGUCGCUUCGGAUGGCAAAAUCAUGUACAUCUCUGAGACAGCAUCAGUCCACCUUGGCCUAUCCCAGGUGGAGCUGACGGGGAACAGUAUUUUUGAGUAUAUCCACCCGUCAGAUCAUGAUGAGAUGACGGCUGUACUCAGCGCCCAUCAGCCCCUCCACCAUCACUUCCUGCAAGAGUACGAAAUGGAGCGCUCUUUUUUCCUGAGGAUGAAGUGUGUGUUGGCCAAGCGUAAUGCAGGACUGACCUGUGGAGGAUAUAAGGUGAUCCAUUGCAGUGGCUAUUUGAAGAUCCGUCAGUACGUGAUGGACAUGGCAUUGUAUGACACGUGUUAUCAGAUCGUGGGCCUGGUAGCGGUGGGCCACUCCCUGCCUCCCAGUGGUAUCACAGAGAUUAAGCUCCAUAGUAACAUGUUCAUGUUCAGGGCCAGCCUGGAUCUCAAGCUCAUCUUCCUGGACUCCAGGGUGGCUGAGUUGACAGGAUACGAACCCCAGGACCUGAUUGAGAAGACGCUGUACCACCACGUGCACGGCUGUGACGCAUUCCAUCUACGCUUCGCGCACCACCUCUUGUUGGUGAAAGGGCAGGUCACCACUAAGUACUACCGUAUGUUGUCCAAGCACGGGGGCUGGGUGUGGGUGCAGAGCUAUGCCACCAUCGUCCACAACAGCCGCUCAUCCAGACCCCACUGCAUCGUCAGCGUCAACUACGUUCUCACGGACGUAGAGUAUAAAGACAUGCAGCUGUCUCAGGAGCAGAGUCGAGCAGCCAAACCCAGCUUAGCCUUUAAGACUGGCCUGGCCUCCUCCCAGGACCUCUGCAAACAACUCAAAACCAAAGCAGUCAAGAUCAAGAGCAAACUCAAAACAGCCCCCUACCCUCAGCCCAACAGCACCUACCACCCAGACAAGCCGGACUGCUCCCCCCUGGGAGGAAGUUGGAAGGAGAGCACCCCCUACCCCCUGAACCCCUGUCACGGGCAGAUCUCAGGCCCCUCUGGAGGGCCAGAGGCUGGAGAGGUCCUGUGUAGUAGCAACGCCUCCUAUGGCUUUUCCUUCCCUUACCCCUAUGGACACCUACCCCACACGGACUCCCAGAGGAGGUUGCGACACACCCAGGGUUCUUCCUCCGCCUCACCCUCCCUGUCUUCUCCUGGCCUGGCAGCCCAGCAGCUGCUCAGCUCCCUGCAGGGUCGAGGGGGCGAGGGGCGGUGGAGCUGUGCCAACGCCAAAAUCCACCAUGGUACUAACCCUGCUCACAUCCUGAGACCAUUCGCUGCAUCGUGUUCCAUUACCACAGCCACCACAGCAGCAUAUUCAGGCCCCGCGGCGAGCAGGAGGUACCCCCCCUGCGAGCCCCUUCAUGAUGGCUUCUCCAGCUGCUCAACCCCGCACCCUAACAGCAGGUUCAAGGAAGAGCCCUAUGAGCAUCACACGCUUGGCCAGAACAAGACCACAGAGGACCGCCUGCACUCCCAGUCACAGGCUACUAAAGAGGACAGCAAGCUGCCGUUCAGUCGAGACUACCUCCACAAGGCCUCCGAGGGGAGUGGUUGUGUAGGAGGGGAGAAGCUGUUGUCCUGUCCCCUGCUGAGUAACUCUGUGCUGGGGAAGGUGAGCUGCGAGCAGUCCCGGUCCUUCCAUGGCCUGGGCCAACCCUUCCCCAUGCAGGUGGUCCUGGAGCAGCGCAGGAGGCUGUGUAUGAUGGAAUCCCCCUACAGCCACAGUGCCACCGGCCCCCUGGAGCACACGGACAGCAAUGGGGAGCGGGGGAGCCCCAAGAUGCUGGAUCCUGAGGCGGGGGAGGAGGAAAGAAGGAUGUGGAUGGGGGUUGGAGUUGGGAUGGGAGUCGGGGUAGGCCUUCCGACCCAGGCUCCGUACGUGUCUUUGAACCUCCACCACGUCUUGGCCAAACACAGCUCCUUCCAGGCCCCACCCUAUGCUGCCCUCGGCCACUUGACAGACAGCUACGGUUACCGUGGCGACGAAAUGGGUUCUUACGAUUACAAGAGCCAAAGCCCCGCCUCCAGCUCCUCCCCUGAGAUCCACAGGGAGAUUCCUCAUUACAUCGGCACGUCCGUCAUCAUCACCAACGAGAGGUGACACAGCUCGGGGGUCGAAGGACAAGGAAGGACAGACACACUGAGACUUCAGCCUUUUUGGUCAGAAACACAGACAAUGAACAGAAGCUGUAUCAGUGACUAUGUAACUGUGUCAGCCAGAAGUCGAGUCACUUUCUGGGGACCAUGUCUGGUUAAGACCUCCACAUGGCUCUCCAUUUCGGUUUUUCAGAUGUUUUCUACGCAAAUAAGCCAACGUCAGACUCCUCUAAGGAGCCAGUAAUUUCAGGUUUCUUGAUUAUAUUAUAUUUUUGCAUACUGUUUAUCCAAUAGCAUAAAUGCAUUGUCACAUUCUAGUUCAAAGCCAUUUAUUUUGACAAAAUCUCAAGGACCUUUGAGCCAUGACACAGUACGUAAUUUGAGGUACAAAUUGCCUGUGAAGAAUACACAAGAAUAAUGUUGUAACUCAGAAGCACCAAUCAUAACUGACCUGAACAAGAAGAUGCUAUAAAAUGGUCUAAAAAAGCAGCAUUUAGAUUGAAUGUAGCAUGAUUUCAACCCAAUUUGCAAGCUAGUUUAAGUGCAAAAAGUUUCCAAUGCACUUCUUUUUUUGUGACAGCGACAUUAAAAAGGGCAUAAGAUAUGCCAGCACAAAAUAAUACAUGCUGUCACUCCCUACCUUGUAUAUUGAAUGGGAAAAUGACAGACGCAAAAGUAUUCAACGUGGACACUUUCUUGCAAACAUGAAUGAGGGUAAAUAUUGUUCACCCUCUUUUGAAGUUAACAUUAAAUAAUUUGGUCAAUUAUAUCAAUGGCAGAGAUCGGAAACACAAUGUGUAUAUUUAUUAUUGUGCAACACAUAGCAGUUUGCUUAUUUAUGAAGAAAACCAGGAUCUAACAUGUAUAAUGAGAAAAAUGUCAACUGCAUUGGGGAAAAUUAAAUGAAAUAAAACACG